AUGGCAAUAGAUAUUCCUACAACUAUUAGUGGUCGAGACGUAGAGUUCACUUACGAAAUGCCUUGUUCAUCGAAAAAAAGUAAGAAGAAGAAGACCAAGGCGUCUUCGAAGGUAUUGGUAUCAGGAAAUAGUAUUGGUAGAUUAGAGAAUGUGAAUGAGAGUAUAAUACAGAAAGCGCACGCAGAAAUUCAUGAUAGUGAUGCAGAUUAUCCGACUUCUAGAGUUAUUAGAAGAGCGGCGAAUGGAGAUGUAAUUGUUGAAUCGUUACAACCAGAUAACGCCACUGCUCAGCAGCAGCCGCAGCAGCCGCAUGUUGUAGAUGAGGUUCAGCAGCGACUUCAAAAGAUCAAGCAGGAGCAGGGUAAGCAUGAUGCUAUUUCUAGUAAAUUGGUGGAUCAUUGGGAGUCUCUGGGGUCUGAUGAAAAGAAAAGGAUUCUAAGCAUAAGUAAAGAUGAAGUUUUUAACGUUACUAGAAGUUACCAAUGGCUACAUAAUUGUAACUGUACGAUGUGUGGACGUCGCAGUGUAUCUUUAGAUCAGGAACUUGAUUCGAUUUAUACCGAGUUAUAUGAGGCGGCGAAGCAGAAUGAUCCCAGUACAGAUUUUGUUCUAUUCCAUUUAAAUUUAAUAAAGGAGUUGCAGCGUGGAUCAACCAAUGAAUCAGAUCAGGAGGUUCCAGUACAAUCACGUGGCAAGAAUUAUCUAGAUAAUAUUAGAGAUGAAGCUGUGAAGUAUUGUAUAGCCAAUAAUGAGGUAGAGAAACUUAAAGAUGAGGUGAUGCGGUUCAAGCGUAAUAGACAAAAGCGAGAAGCUGAACUGGAGGUAAGGCAGCAAUUGGAACACCAGGAUCAUCAUGAGCAUCAGAAUCACCAGGAUAUACCGCCUUUGGAGCCUCCACAGGCUGCUGUUAAGGAAUCAUUACUUCCAGAUACCUCUAGUAAUGUAACACCUGAUGACGAUAUAACAGAUGACGAGCUGAAGGAGCAGUAUAUGAAGUUUGCCAAAACUUUUGUCUCUUCGCAUCCUAAAAUAGCGCAAGAAUAUGUGAAUAGGAUGAUGAUGUAUCCCGAUAUGAGGGCACUGACUGAAGAUUUAAUGAAGAACAAUGGUCAAGAUUUUGUGAAAGCUAUGGAAGCGUUUGUCUCGUCACAGCAAGAUAAAGAAGAUGCAGUACCUGCGGUAGCAGAUAAUACUCAAGUUACUGUAGAGGAGUUCCAAGUAAUACAACGACGGCUUAUGGAAAAGGCCGUUUGGAAUUUUUCCCAGAAGAUGCAAGACCCUGAUUGGAAGGGUUCGGAUGAGAAUUCAGAGAUUUUUGAAAAUGUGGACAUUGAUGAACUAAGGAAACUGAUGAAGCACAAACAACUUUUAGCUGGUGAGACGAUUGCUGAUCAGGCAUUGAAGAAAUUGAAAGAUAAUAUACCGAAGAAUACAGCUUUGACGUCGCCGCCACCACCGCCACCACCACCGCAGGAUCUUCCUGAUGAUUCGGAGUAUGACGAUGAGGGAAAUUACUCUGAUAGCUACGAUGAUUACGACGGCGAAUCACCAUAUGAAGAUGAGGAAUAUAAUGAAGAAGAGCCAGAUGGCACCCUCGAUGAUAAUACUCACAAACACCAUCACCACCAUCACCAUCAUCACCAUCACCAUCAUCGAACAGAUGAUGAGGAAGCAGUUGAUUACGAUAGCGAUAUUGAUCAACAAGGAAGGUUAGAGGAAGGACGUGGAUUGAUUCAAAUUGCAAUUACAAAGCUACUCCAGCAGAGAUUGCUCGCUUCAUAUGAGGAGAAACGUGCCGAAAGAAAUCGAGAGAGGCUGUUACUCGAGCUAGAAGCUGAGGAACAGCAGAAGAAGGAAAAGGAAGAGAAGAAGCAGAAGAAGAGAGAAAAGGAAAAGGAAAAAAAGAGGCAGAUGCAGUUGGCAAGAGAGGAAGAGAAACGAAAAAGAGAGGAGGAGCAGGUACGUCUGAAGUUAGAAGCGGAAGCUCGUGAAAUGCAACGGAGAGAAACCCAAAGGAAGAAAGUUGAAGAAGCCAAAAGGAAGAAGGAUCUUGAAGCACGGAGACGUUUGGAGGACCAACGACGUCGUGAGGAAGAGCAAGAACGCCAGAGGAAACUUAAGGAAGAAAUAAAACGGAAGCGAGAAGAAGAGCGCAAACAAAGAGACGAAGAGCAAAGACAGAAGAAAAUUCAAAAAGAGUUGAAAAAACAACAAUCUGUAGAAGAUGAGAAGUUGGUUGAUCAUAAUAGCACAGCAGGAUUCGAUAAUGUACUUAAUGGGGGUCAAGAUCCACAACAGCGACAAUUUUCUUCACCUGUAGAGGCAGUUCCUUAUGGUUUAGGAGUGUCGAGUAUGAAUGAACCUUUGGAAGACAAAAGCCUUAAUGAGGAUAUUUUUAACAUGAUUAACAAGGCUACUUCAAAGUCCAACACAUCCUCUCCAUCACAUUUGAAUACUUUACUUACUAGACGUGUGUCUAGAAAAUCUGUAGCUAACUCCCCAACAUUGAGAGUUUCGAGUUCUACACAAUCCUCUUUGCAACCACAGUUGGGAUUUUCUGUUGGCGCUUCAGAUUCUAUUGGCUUUACACCGCCGUCAGGAGCUCAAAAGGUAAUGACAUAUCCGCCUGGUCUUUCACAGAAAUCGAUGACGGCCUCAUGGGACAACGUAACCAAUUUUUUCCAACAAUCCCAAACCUCGGUAGAUCAAACACAACAAAAUCCUCAUCAACAGCCGCGCAAACUAGAACAAGUGCAACCACCCAUCAUUCCGGGACAGCACAGAGCCAGUUACUCUACAUUUCCCUCAGCAGGAGAUGCUGAUGGAACUUUCAAGGAGUUGAAUAAUCUGACAACGUUUUUAUCUCAGACAAGAUUACAAGAUAGUGUAAAGAACUCAUCCAUAUCCCCAACUUCCUCCACUCUACCUAUAUCAGACGCCACGGUGUAUAGUAACAGCCUAUGGAGCCAUGAACAAUCUACCAUUGGUAAUAUUAUUCCCAGCCACGUCACUGCCACCACCUCUGCUCGUCCCUCACUAAACACACGCAGAUCCAUUUGGGACAACGACACUACAUCUAUAAGUGCUAACCAUUCCACCGAGUUAUGGGGUAGCGCGUCUUCCAAUUCUACUUCUAUUGCCCCACCAACUACCGUUGCCACAUCCUCUACAUCUGUACAAUUGUCUUCAUUAUCAGAUACGAUAUUCAAAUCGUAUUCAAUGAUAUCUAACAAUGGAGGGUAUGUUCCUCUUGAUCAGCUAUAUCAAACCUGCAUCAAUUACUUACCCGAAAAGAGCAAAUUCCAAUACCCACAGUUUGUGGGGCAAUUGUUAGGUAUGAGAAGCUCUCAUGAAUGUGAAUUGAUAACUAAUGAAACGGGUACAAUAACUCAUUGCCGAAUGACUAUACCCCAAGUGCAAUCAGCAUUAUAUACAUCUAGUGUAGCAGGUGCUAACGGAUUGCCUAAUUUACCUCUACUUGCAGCGCAACCGGGUUCUACAACUCCUGGCACUCCGAAAAGAUCGCUCGGACAUGCUUCGGCUAUUCAUUCGAAUUUCUUUGAUUUUAAUCAACAAUUUGCAAAUUCCUCGAGAGCAAGUAAUUUAUGGGGAUAA